ACGGGGCGGAGCCAAGGCAUUUUUUGAGGCGAGAAGGAAAAAUGGCGCCCAGCUCGAAAUCGGAGAAAGAUGAUCAGAAACAAAAGCAGAAACAGCAGCGAAAACAGAAGCAGCACGUCGUUAAACUGCUGACCCGCGGGAAGCUUUAUGGUCACCUGUCUCAGCGGCUUUUCCGGAAACUUCCUCCUCGCGUUUGUGUGCCGUUAAAGACCAUCGUCAGUGAGGAGUUUCUAAGAGCAGGUCACAUUUUUCUGGGCUUUACGAAGUGCGGGCGCUACGUUUUGUCCUACACAAGUGACUGUGGUGAGGACGAUGACUUCUCCUUCUACACCUACCAUCUGUACUGGUGGGAGUUCAACCUGCACAGCCGCCUCAAACAGGUGCACCAUGUACGCUUGUUUGCGGGUGAGGAUAUCUACAGUGAGUUGUAUCUGACUGUAUGCGAGUGGCACAAUGAUCACUCGAAGAUCGUUAUCUUCGGCUUCAAUACGCGCAGCAGCAGUUCAGCCCUGAUGAAUAUGAUGAUAAGUGAUGAAAAUAACAGAGAUAUUUACAUCACCAUCGCCUCCAUGCCUCCUGCCCAGCCCUGCCAGCAGUGCUGCCCAGUACCUACUGCAUCUACUAUACGCACAGGAGGAGAGUGUUUGGAGCAUGGUUAUGUUCUGAAUGCUCGUUAUCAGGUGGUGUACCCUUUCCCCACAUUCCAGCCGGCUCUGCAGCUGAAGAAAGAUCAGGUCAUCCUCCUUAACACCAGCUACUCACUGGUGGCCUGCGCCAUUUCUCUCUGUUCAGAAGGAAAGCAGCAGGAUGCAGAUGGCCCAAACAAUCAGAUUUUGUACAGAAAAAGAAACACCCAGUCGCCCUCCUCUCCUCAUCCACCCAGCCCUUCAUCAUCAUCAUCAUCAUCGUCCUCCUCAUCAUCAUCAGCCGCCUCGUCGUCUUCCUCCUCUCAUGGGUCACCUGAUCGCAGACAGACCAAUCCCCAGCCCACUCCGCUCUCGCCCAGCCGCUCUCAGGCUGCCGUGCGGGCGCGGGAGUUCGCUGCAGACAUUUUCCGCCGGGCUCAGGCGGCCGGGAUGGAGGGAGAGAGCGAGCGGAGGAGAGAAAACGAGGGAAAGGAGAAGACUGAGACCAAAGACAGACUGAGGGCCUCUGGAGAAACAGAGCGAAGGACGAGAGAGAGAGAGGAUGAUAAGUCGAGCCUUCCAGGGCCGUCCAGCGCAGCCAGGAGCCAGAGCGCGCCGCUGACCACAGAGCAGGAGGAUGGUGUUAUCUGUAGUGCAGUCAUGUCCCCCGCCUCCACCUCCUCUUCCUCCUCUUCACCUCGUGCUUCAUCAUCACCAGAGCCUGGAUAUGUGAACUACACACGCCUCAGAUACAGACUGCAACAGCCCGGCUCAUCAGAACCAGAGAGCGCAGAGGAGGAGGAUAAGGUUCAGCUGCCUUUCACAGUCUCAGAUCUAAAAGGACGAAACCUGCAGCUGGUGACGGGACAGUACAGUGGACAGUGUAUCUGUGUGGAGCAGUUAACGCUGGAUUUUGAGUAUCUGAUUAAUGAAGUUAUCAGGAACGAUGCUGAGUGGGCCUCGCAGUUCUGCUCCUUCAGCGACUAUGACGUCGUCAUCCUAGAGGUCUGCCCAGAGACGAAUAUAGUAGUGAUCAACAUUGGGCUUCUACUGCUGGCCUUCUCCAAUAGUGAAGAGGAACACAGCAGGCCGAAGUCGUAUCACUCCAGUCUGCAGGUCAGCUGGGAUCUGAACACAGGGGCCUGCUGCACUGUUGGUGUUGGAGACCUCACUGAGGUUAAAGGGCAAACAAGUGGGAGUGUAUGGAGUUCGUACAGGAAGUCGUGUGUAAAUACAGUUAUGCGAUGGCUCGUCCCUGAGAGCAGCUCACGCUACAUCAACCGCAUGACCAAUGAAGCCAUGCACAAAGGUACCUCACUUCAGGUGCUUGCUGACAGCGACAGAGGGACGUGGAUCGUCCUCUAAUGGACCAGACAAGCAGGAUGAGCAGAUUUAUUGGAGGAGAUCCUUUAAAUCCUCUAAGAACUUUUCAGCCCUGUGUUCUGCAGAACCCUCUUAUAUAUUGUUAUUAUUGUGUAUAUAUUUAUGUAUAAGAGCAGGUAAAGCGAGACCUUGUCUGGUGUAGAAGGAAGGUGGAAUAAGAACUAAUCCUCGUUUACUCGUUUUCUAGUUCUGAGCGUCCUGACUGGACUGGAUUGAAAACUUUGGCUGUCCAGGUUCAGUGAGCCAUACCUGUUGCUGCUACCUUGCUAGCGGAAGCUGCACUAGAAUAUUUAGCCUGUUUGCUCGUCUGUUAUCACAGCUGGAACGAACAAAGUGUCAUCAAAUGUAUUUUUGUUUUAUAUAUAUGUAGAUACACAUUCGUACAUUCAGUACUGUAGAUGGUUAUUAUUUUUGUAUUAUUUGUUAGUGCGAUUUGUGUGCAUGGUUGUCAAUGGACUAAUGUAUGUAUCCAGUUUACUUUACACAUCAGUAUGAAUCAGUAUGAGUAGCCCAGCUUGGAACCAUUAAAUUUAGUAAAUGGGAUUUAUGACGGGAUCAUGAGGGGUUAUAAUAUGGAAUAAAUGGGACCCAUAUGAGAUUAAGGUGGUUCUUAAUAAUAAGGUGCCCAUUUGGGAAGCCCAUUAACAUGCAUCCUGGAUGAUCUAAUCCAAAUCGUGAUAAAAGCAGUUAGUUUUGGUUGCACAUCAUCCACAAGUAUCACCUUUGUGCUCAGCUAACCCACACAGACGGUGGACGGAGAGUUCCUGCAUUGUAGUAAUUUGUAUUUUCUCACGGGGCUUUGCUGUUGGACAACCAACCCACUCAGAACUCAUGCCCACCUGGUGCCAACAUGGUUUAAACAUGGCAUUAGCAUGCUUCCUGGAUGAUCUAAUCCUGGAUGAUCCCUAAUCAGCCCAAAUCGAGAUAAAUGCAGCUAGUUUUGGUUGUGCACCAUCCACAAGUAUCAACUUGAGUCCAUUAGCUAGUACUUAUUAUUGUAGCAUGCUCAGCUAACCCACACGGACGGUGGACGAAGUUGUCCUGCAUUGUGUUUAUUAUGUACUGUAUUUUUUGCACUAUAUGUUUAUUUACACUGCUUAUUUGUGUGGGUAAAGCGCUUCUAUUUUUACAGUAAGCUUAGAUUCCUAAAUUUCUCCAGCACUAAGUCUAAAGCAUUAGCGGAUAUCUGCUAGAAGUUAGCGGCUAAUGCUGCCCGACAGCGCUACACUGAGGAACCCUGAGUGUUCCGAUAAUUCAGGGCAAUAUUAGCUAGCGGUUCGUUCCAUGUAGUUUUAAUAUGGGGAACAGAAACAAGCAGGCUACAGUAAGAUAAUACUCACCUCUGAAUGGCGAAAGAGCUGGUAUGGUUAGCGGGUAAUGCUAAUGCUGCUCCAGCAGUGCUAGUUGGGGUUAGCAGCAACCUACAUGCUGAUAAUACUCACCUCUAAAUAAGUUUAAUAGAGGUUAGCGCCUAAUGCUAAUACUGCUCCAUCCAACUAAACUGAAACUCCUGUAUAACUCUGUACUUCAGCUUUAAGUGGCUUUACUGCUCCUUAAUACCUGACUGGUAGAAUUUUGGGAAAUUUAAAGGAUUUUAGGUGCGCCUUAUAGUGUGAAAAAUACGGUAUGUUUCUAUUCGACACUUUGUGAUCAGAUCACCCAGAACGCAUGGUAAUACCAGGUGUGAACAAGGUGAGCAUGUCACCUGGGUCUCCUAUUUAACCAACUCUCCAGCUGUUCCAGAUCUACCAUUCUGUAGAGCUGACUUACAAACCCAGACCUUCUAAACCUGACAUUUAGUUCCUGUGCAUCGAUUGGCUUUUGUGUUGCGUUGGAACCAAUCCAAGUGUUGGAAAUGCCCAUCUUCAGCACUGACCAUCUGACUAAUAUCCAAAAAAUAGACACUCUCCAAUUUACAUAAGGCUGUAGCCUCAUAAUACAUGAAAAGAGCCUCUAGGGCUCUUGCUAUGUAUUAUUUGUUGGGUUUUUGACAUGGUUGACUUGGUAAACCUCACAUUGUAUUACACAGGGAAUUUGUCAGUGUUGAAUCUCAACACAGUUCUGCACUUUUUAUGUUCUUUCUCUGUUUAUUUAGCUGAAUAAGUUAGAUGUCAGACGUUUACAUUCUUCAUUGUUGGACGGGAACAUUUUACAGAUGUUCUGGCUAAUCGAGGAAUUCCACUUUACAGUAUAGAGCUGCCACCCAGGACGACAUCUUUGUAAACUUGUGUAGGAAUGACUGUAGACUGGUGUGUGUAGAGUGUGUGUGUGUGUUAUACUCUGUAGACUGGGACUUUGGAUGAAAUGUGGGGUUUCAGCCAGUCUGACUGCAUGCAUUAUGAAGUCCCUCCGUUCCGUCAUGGCAAACAUUCACACUUGAUCUUGUCUAAUGUAAUUAUUUUUUGAUAAGAAUAAAUAAUUCUGAAAUAAAUAA